AUGGACGUCGCCAAGGAAGCCGUCGAAUCACUGCAAACCGAAUUCAAGAAUGGCGCUCAGGUACGUCGGGCGCACAUACCCUUGCUGGAGCACGUCGGCCCGGGGACGCGGAGAGACGGCCACGUCAACGCCUGGCUCUCCCCCCCCGAAUCGUCCGUCGUGCGGUGUGGUGAGAAGGCCUAUUGACUGUGGGUACUGGGGGUACUGGGGGGGGGGUGUGACAGUUCAUGACGCGGUGUACCAAACCCGACAAGAAAGGCAAGCACACACACACACACCUCAUCGAAUACCUACCUACCCGACCUAUACACCUCGACCCCCCGUGGCGCGCAUCGGCCGUGCACUAACCCACUCCACUCCCCCUCUCUCUCUCCCUCGAGAACAGAAUACCUGCAAAUCUGCCGCGCGGUCGCGACCGGGUUCGUGAUCAUGGGCGGGAUCGGUUACGUCGUCAAACUGGUGCAUAUCCCCAUCAACAACAUCCUCGUCGGCGGAUCAUAG